AUGCCGUGGAAUGCCCACAAGAAUCCAGCGGGUACCAUCCGCGCGCCCGCCAUAGCAGCGGCGCUCCGUCUCAAGCAGCAGCAACAAAAAAGGACCCAGGGAGAAGGUAGCGUCACCUGGAAGCGCUCGUUGCGUGUAGUAGAAGUGGGGGAUUUGCCGCUUUCCCGCAAGGACCUCGCGACGCUGAGACACUGCGCUCUGUUGCAUCCGGACGAUUUUCCUGCCGAAGCUACUGCAACAGGAGCGGAUGGAGCGGCAUUCGUGUACCCGCGAUCUCACGCGCAGUUUGUCGUGGCGGUUUGGUCACAUGAGGCAGUUCCAGUUGGUUCAAUCGCUUUGUCGCAGCCGCAAGCGAUUAAUCUGGAGCUCUGCAAGUUCCAGACCGAGAUGUGGACACUCUUUACGGAACGCGUGCCUGUGAUUAAGGUUGUGGCAAUUGAGAUUUAUGCAAAGGAGUUUGCGACGGCGUUUGCCACGUAUACGUGGCAACGUGUGCUGACGGAGCACGAGCGCCUGGUGAUGUCGUAUACAGACGAUCGCCGCUAUUUCGUUCGGGUGCUUGAGAUUGAUGCUGACGACGAAAACGAGACGGAGUUUACGAUGCCGGACUCGUAUCGUGGUCUUGUGGAUGAAGACGUGCUCGUGGUGGUGUCGUCCGAGAGAGUUGAGUCAACAACGUUCGAGUUACGGAAUGCGACGCCGAUUGGAUCGGCUGGUCUUGCGUCUAUGCGCUCGGAUGUCGUGACAGUGGGGACGAAUGAUGAAGAGGAGUUUCCAGUCAAGAAGAAGUUGCUGUUUCCGUGCAUUAAGCUAUCGUCUGCUGUACUUUCAGGAAAAGGCGUGCACAAGGAUGCUUCCACUACAAUUGAGGUGGAUGUAGAUUGCUGCACGUUUGAUCGACUGCUUUUAUAUCUAGAGCAUGAAGCGCGCAAUGACGGCACGGAAUUUCAGUUUGAUCCCUCAGUCGCAGAAGAUCUUCUUAGCGCUGCGAUAACGGUAGGGUGCAUUGGUCUGCAGGAAGUGUGUCAAAGACGCGUUGGCGAGUUUGAGACACGUGUACGUAAGGAAGCGAUUCGAUGGGAGGAAGUCGUCCAGCGCAAUCAGUCGGGCGAGGUGUGGCUUGUUAUGCAAGGAAUGGUGCUCGACAUUACGCGAUGGAUUCCAGAGCACCCCGGUGGAUCAGAGUUGAUUGCUCAGGAAGCCAUGAACGUAGACUCGACGGUCAUGUUUGAGAUUUACCACGCGAGCCGGCAGUCCUUUCGCUACCUUCAGCAGUUCUACAUUGGUGAGUUGUCCGAGUUCGACGUCGCUGCGAUGCCGAUGUCAAGAGACAAACCAUCAGAAGCAUUUCUGCACGAGCUGCAGCAAUACACGGCGUGGCGUAUGAAAGUACAGGAACACACGUUCAAGAGCUUUUAG